CGCGAGCGGGGAGCGGAGCGAGCCGGGGCCAAGAUGGCGGCGCCGGGGCUGGGCCGGCCCUGAGGGGCCGUGAGGGGCCGGAGGGGCCCCCGGGCAUGGUGGGCUCGACCGGGCCGUAGGGGGGGCCCCGCCGCUCCCCCCGCGCCGCUCCGCGGGCCGCUGAGGCCGCCGGAGCCUCCCCGGGGCUCAACCGGGCGCUCCCCGGGGCCUUUCUGGGGAGAAUCGAGCCCUCACCGGGGCCGUUUGGGGGAGAACCAGGGCCUUCGCGGGAGUGGCUCUCGCUUCCAAUCCGGUUUUCCCGGGAUUUCAGCUCUUCCCGAGGGCAAAAAAACCAGGAUUAACGGCGCGGGAGGAGGAAUGGGAUGAAAUUUAAAGGAUUUCUUCACUCAAGUUUUUUUUUUUACUUUUUGAUUGAGGUUUUUUCACUCAAAAUUGCCUGAAUCUGUGUUAAAUCCGGGAACAAGGGAAUUAAAUCCUUCGGGAAUGGUGUCCCUGAAAACAGGACUGACUUAAGGGGAAUCCCGGACUCGGUUUUUCCUCGAUAAAUUAUUAAUUAGGAAAGAAAAAAGGGUAGGUGGUUUUUUGGGGGAGGGGAAGAAUCAAGAGGUUUCGGGCAAGUGGAACAGCCCAGGGACUGACUGAUCCCGGCCUCUGGAAUUCUGGCUUGAAAGUGGAACUUUAGGAGCCUCUGCAGGAGAUUUUUGUGGAGUUUAUUUAAGAAAACAAGGAGAAAAGGGGAUUGAAGCUUCCUUGGACUGAAGAUUCGUUGGAUUCCUUCUCUGACCUGGGAUCGAGGGACGGCUGGAAUUGCUCUGGGGUGAGGCUCCCAUGGCGGGCCGGAAGCGCGCGGGGCCGUCGGCGUGGCCAGAGGAGCGUGGGGAGCGGGAGCAGGGGCUGUACAGCCUGCACCGCAUGUUCGACAUCGUGGGCGCCCACCUGACGCACCGCGACGUGCGCGUGCUCUCCUUCCUCUUCGUCGACGUGCUGGACGAGGCCGAGCGCGGCCGCAUCCGCAGUGGCCGUGACUUCCUGCUGGCGCUGGAGCGGCAGGGCCGCUGUGACGAGAGCAACCUGCGGCAGCUGCUGCAGCUGCUGCGCAUCAUCACCCGCCACGACCUGCUGCCCUACGUCACGCUCAAGAGGCGGCGCGCCGUGUGCCCAGACCUGGUGGACAAGUACCUGGAGGAGACGUCCAUCCGCUACGUGACCCCCCGUGCCCCCGGGGAGACCCCACCUGGGCUUGGGCACCCCCCCAAAUCAGUGCCUGCCCCCCACCCUUCGCUGUGCUGCCCCCCGGGGGGGCCCCAGCUGGGCCCGAAGCGCCCGGGCCGGGCCCGGAGCCUCCUCGGGAACCAGCGGAAAAGGAGGAAGUCGGUGACCCCGGAUCCCAAGGAAAAACAGACCUGUGAUAUCCGCCUGCGGGUGCGAGCCGAGUACUGCCAGCAUGACUCCGCCCUGCAGGGCAACGUCUUCUCCAACAAGCAGGAGCCCCUGGAGCGGCAGUUCGAGCGCUUCAACCAGGCCAACACCAUCCUGAAAUCCCGGGAUCUGGGCUCCAUCAUCUGCGACAUCAAGUUCUCAGAGCUCACCUACCUGGACGCCUUCUGGCGGGAUUACAUCAACGGCUCCCUGCUGGAGGCUCUCAAGGGCGUCUUCAUCACGGACUCACUCAAACAGGCCGUGGGCCACGAGGCCAUCAAGCUGCUGGUCAACGUGGAUGAGGAGGAUUAUGAGGUGGGACGCCAGAAACUCCUGAGGAACUUGAUGCUCCAAACGGCUCCCUGAGAGGAGGGGGGUUUCCUGCCUUUUUUUUUUUUUUCCCUCUGCCUUUUCCCUCCCCCUUUUUUUUCUCCUUUUUCCCCUGUUUUCCCUUUUUUUCCCCCUUUUUUUUCUCCCCUUUUCCCACUUCUUUUGUUUUCCCACCUUUUUUUCUUCUUCCCCCCGUUUUUUUCCUCUUUUUCCCCUACCUUUUAUUUUCCCAGCUUUUCUCUGCCUUUUUCUCCCGCCUUCCCCCCCCCUCCAUUUUCUCCCUCAGAGUUUCGUUCCAUGGAUUUUUCCUUCUCCUCUUUUUCUUCUUCUUGUUCUUCUUGUUCAGGUUUUUUUUGGGUUGUUUUCCAAGAGGAGGUGAAAACCCCUCCCGGUGGGAUCUGGGGUUUGGAGGUGUGGGGGAGCGCUGGAAUAUUCUGGAAUUCCGCACUUUUUGCCCUGUCUGUUCCUCCUCCUUGUGUUUUCCAUGUUUCCUCCCCCCUCACCCUGUUUUCUUUUGUAUCCAUUAAAAACUGCAAAAAAAAGGCAAAAAUCCCCUUGGUUCGCCUGAGGGACACAGUGGGAUUUGGGGGUUGGAACUGCAGGGAGCACUGGAAUAUUAGAAUAUUCCACAACUCCUCACUUUUCCUGUGUCAGCUCCUGCCUCUUCUUGUGUUUUCCAUGUUUUUCCACGUUUUCUUUUGUAUCCAUUAAAAACAAACAAAGAAAAAAGGUAAAAAUCCCAUUGGUUCACCUGAGGGACACAGUGGGAUUUGAGGGUUGGAGGUGUGGGGGCGCUGGAAUAUUCUGGAAUUCCGCACUUUUUGCCCUGUCAGUUCCUCCUCCUCCUUGUGUUUUCCAUGUUUUUUCCCCCAAUUUUCUUUUGUAUCCAUUAAAAACAACAAAAAUAGGCAAAAAUCCUGUUGCUGCGACAUGGUGGGAUUUGGGGGUUGGAGCUGCAGGGAGCACUGGAAUAUUGGAAUAUUCUGGAAUUCCUCACUUUUGCCCUGUUGGUUCCUCCCUCUCUUUGUGUUUUCCAUGGUUUUCCCCCUGUUUUCUUUUAUAUGCAUUAAAACCAACAACAACAAAAAAGGCAAAAA